CUAGCUUGUCCUCUUCGCAGCGGUAAAAGCUGUAUAAUGUUCUUACUACCAGUUUGUCUUGAUUCAUAAACAUGUCUGCAAAAGGAGCAGGAACGAGGGGUUUUUAUUUUAACACUGUAUUGUCCCUGGCGCGCUCUUUGGCUGCACACCGCCCAGCACCGAUAGAUAAGGUCCAAAAGCUCCAAUGCAUGUGUCCAGUGGACUUCCGAGGGGUGUUCCAGCUGGACGAGAGGAGGAGGGAUGCGGUCCUAGCUCUGGGUAUCUUCCUGGUCAAGUCUGACCUACAGCACAAAGACUCUAUCGUCCCCUACCUGCUGGGGCUGCUGAAGGGACUUCCCAGAGUCCAGUGGAUCGAAGAAAGCUCUGGAAACAAAGGGCGCGAUAUCCUUCCGGUGGCAGAGAACUUCUGCUUCUGUCUGGUCACUCUUCUCUCAGACGUGGCCCAGCGAGAUGACACCCUGCGAGGACAGAUCCUGGAGGCCGUCAUGGACAUAAUGCAGGUCCUGCUGGACAUCUGCUUGAACUCAGAGGAACAUGAUAAAGAAUACCUGUGCAGGUACACUGUGCCCUGCUUGUUGGGUGUGGCCCGGGCCUUUGGUCGCUAUAGCAACACGGAGGAGCCCCUGUUGUCCAAGCUGUUUCCGCGGGCGGAAGCCCCGCCAGUGUCCACUGGCAAUGAUGUCGACCCAUCACGACGGCGCUCCUUCAACGACUUCCGCUCCAUCAUGCCGGCCUCGCUGCUCACCGUCUGUCAGGGAGACACCUUCAGAUGCAAAGGAAGCUCCGUGUCCAGCAUAUCACAACAGGCCAGUCCAGAGAGAGCAGGACUCACCCCCAGCUCCCCAGCUGACCCCUCAGCACAGUACUUUGAAGCCUGCUCCUAUCUCCCUGAUGGUAGUGCUGUGGACCCAGACUAUUACUUCUCCACCAUCAGUUCUAGUUUCUCUGUGUCUCCUCUGUUUACGGGCAGUGCCCAGGGAGAGUUUGACGUCCCUCUGGACGUUCUGCGCCAGCUGCUCAACAUGGUUGAGCAGUUUGUCUCUGAAUCCUUUCUGAAAACACUGGAUAACACCCUGCAGGAACUUCUGGAGUUGAACCCAGGUAUGCACCUGCACUACAGGACCUUCAGUGAUCCUCUGUAUGUGACCAUCUUCAAGAUGCUCAGAGACACGCUGUACAACCUGAAAGACCUGCAGACAGACUAUGUGAAAGAGGUUCAUGACUUUGUGCUGAAGCAGUUCAGUAGUAGCCAGUCAGAGCUGCAGAGGAUCCUACAUGAUGUAGAUCACCUCCACAGUGAGCUGAGUCCUCUGAAGCUACGCUGCCAGGCUAACGCUGCCUGUGUCGACCUCAUGGUCUGGGCUGUCACUGAGGAGCAGGGAGCUGAGAACCUGUGUACCAAGCUGUCAGAGAAACUGCAGUCCAAGACGUCCAGUAAAGUAAUCAUCGCUCACAUUCCCCUGCUCGUCUGCUGUCUACAGGGUCUGGGUCGUCUGUGUGAGCGGUUCCCGGUGGUGGCCCACUCUGUCACCACGUCUCUCAGAGACUUCCUGGUGGUCCCCUCUCCUGUCCUUGUCAAGCUGUACAAGUACCACAGCCAGAACACCACAGGGACUGGAGAGAUCAAGAUCCAUGUGACCAAUGAGCACUCCCAGUCUACGUUCAGUGCUCACGCUAAUAAGAAGAGCCAGCCCUCCAUGUACGAACAGCUCCGAGACAUCUCCAUUGACAACAUCUGCAGGUGUCUGAAGGCAGGUCUGACUAUGGACAGUGUUAUAGUGGAGGCUUUCCUGGCCAGCCUGUCCAACCGUCUCUACAUCUCUCAGGAGAAUGACAAGGAGGCCCAUCUGAUCCCAGACCACACCAUCAGAGCGCUGGGUCACAUCGCGGUGGCUCUGAGGGACACGCCCCGCGUCAUGGAGCCCAUCCUGCAGAUCCUACAGCAGAAGUUCUGCCAGCCGCCGUCACAGCUAGACGUACUCAUUAUAGAUCAGCUGGGAUGCAUGGUCAUCACUGGGAACCAAUAUAUCUACCAGGAGGUGUGGAACCUGUUCCAGCAGAUCAGUGUGAAGGCCUCCUCCAUGGUCUACUCCACCAAGGACUACAAGGACCAUGGAUACAGACACUGUUCCCUGGCUGUGAUCAAUGCAUUAGCUAACAUAGCUGCCAACCUGGCAACAGAGCAGAUGGUUGAUGAGUUGCUUGUCAACCUACUGGAGCUGUUUGUGCAGCUGGGACUGGAGGGAAAGAGGGCCAGCGAGAGGGCCUCGGACAAGGGCCCUGCACUGAAGGCGUCAAGCAGUGCUGGAAACCUUGGAGUACUCGUUCCUGUUAUUGCUGUGCUGACGAAGCGUCUACCGCCCAUCAAGGAAGCGAAGCCUCGUCUGCAGAAGCUGUUCAGAGACUUCUGGCUCUACUCUGUGGUGAUGGGUUUCGCUGUUGAGGGAUCAGGUCUGUGGCCAGAGGAGUGGUAUGAGGGAGUGUGUGAGAUCGCCACCAAGUCUCCCCUCCUCACCUUCCCCAGUGGAGAACCCCUACGCUCUGAACUACAGUACAACUCUGCCCUGAAGAACGACACCGUCACAGCGGCGGAGCUGAAUGACCUGAGGAGCACCAUUAUAAACCUGCUAGAUCCUCCUCCUGAGGUGUCUGCUCUCAUCAACAAACUAGACUUCGCCAUGUCGACCUACCUACUGUCUGUCUACAGGCUGGAGUACAUGAGGAUGCUGCGUGCUCUGGACUCUGACCGUUUCCAGGUGAUGUUCCGCUACUUUGAGGACAGAGCCAUCCAGAAGGACAAGUCUGGUAUGAUGCAGUGUGUGAUAGCGGUUGGGGACAAGGUGUUUGAGGUCUUCCUACACAUGAUGGCUGAGAAGCCGAAGACUAAAGCCCAUGAGGAGGAGUUGGAGCGCCACGCUCAGUUCCUAUUGGUCAACUUCAACCACGUUCACAAGAGGAUCCGUAGGGUGGCUGACAAAUACCUGUCAGGUCUGGCCGAAACGUUCCCUCACCUGCUGUGGAGUGGCCGUGUACUGAAGACGAUGCUGGACAUCCUGCAGACUCUCUCUCUUUCCCUCAGUGCAGACAUCCAUAAGGACCAGCCUUACUAUGACAUCCCAGACACCCCCUACAGGAUCACUGUACCAGACACAUACGAGGCCAGAGAGAGCAUAGUGAAGGACUUUGCUGCUCGCUGUGGGGAGAUCCUGAAGGAGGCCAUGAAGUGGGCCCCCUCUGUCACCAAGUCACACCUACAGGAGUACCUGAACAAGCAUCAGAACUGGGUGUCAGGUCUGUCCCAGCACACUGGCCUGGCCAUGGCUACAGAGAGCAUCCUGCACUUCGCUGGCUACAACAGACAGAGCACUACACUAGGGAUCACCCAGCUGACAGAAAGGCCAGCCUGUGUGAAGAAGGACUACUCCAACUUCAUGGCUUCACUCAACCUGAGAAACCGCUAUGCCGGAGAGGUGGCAGGUAUGAUCCAUUUCAGUAAGGCAGUGCGUAGCCAGUCAGACCUGUCCAGGCUGAUGGUCAGACAGACGACAGAGGCUCUAGAUGCCCAGAACCCUGAGGCCUUCACUGAGAACAUGUUCAAACUGGCAGCACUGCUCAUCAGCACUAAAGCUCUGGCACCUGUCCUACUGAAGUCUUCUGUGUUGAACAAGCCCAUCUUCAGCUCCACUGUCAUCUGCCACGCCCCCGCCAUCUCACGCAUGAACUGCAGAGAGAGGGGGGUGGGGGAGAAAGAUGCCCAUGUUAGUGUGGGUUUGAAUGCCAGUCCCACACAAAUACACAAUGUGUCCCUGUGUGUGUGUUUCCGUCGGUGUGUAGACAACCAGGACCCGUCGUUGAACAGUCUGUCAGUGAUGACGGCCCAGGACCCCAGGAGCACCAUGUCUCAUGACUCCCGCUCCCAGCAGAGUGGCCAGAGUGGCUGGAUCAACACCUACCCUCUGUCCUCUGGCAUGUCCACCGCCUCCAAGAAGUCCGGCAUGUCUAAGAAGAGUAACAGAGGGACUCAGCUCCAUAAGUACUACAUGAAGCGCCGGACCCUUCUGCUGGCCUUACUGGCCAGUGAGAUUGAGCGGUUGACUACCUGGUACAACCCUCUGUGCACCCAGGAGUUGGCCAUCGCUACAGAACAGUCAGUGGAGACCAGCAUCGCCAACUGGAGGUCCAAGUACAUCAGCCUCAGUGAGAAACAGUGGAAAGACAACGUCAACCUGGCCUGGGGUAUAUCUCCUUACCUGGCUAUGCAGCUACCUGCCAGGUUUAAGAACGAUGUGAUCGUGGCUGAGGUGACCCGGCUGGUAAGGCUGGACCCUGGAGCGGUCAGCGACGUACCUGAGGCCGUCAAGUUCCUGGUGACAUGGCACACCAUUGAUGCAGAUUCUCCAGAGCUGAGUCAUAUCCUGUGUUGGGCUCCUGCUGACCCUCCCACCGGCCUGUCCUACUUCUCUUCCAUGUACCCCCCGCACCCCCUCACUGCUCAGUAUGGGGUCAAAGUACUACGGUCCUUUCCUCCGGAUGCCAUCCUGUUCUACAUUCCUCAGAUUGUUCAAGCCCUGCGCUAUGACAAGAUGGGGUAUGUGAGGGAGUACAUCCUGUGGGCGGCCCAGAAGUCUCAGCUGUUGGCCCAUCAGUUCAUCUGGAACAUGAAGACUAACAUCUACCUGGACGAGGAGGCAAACCAUAAAGACCCUGACAUCGGGGAUCUGUUGGAGGAGAUGGUUGAGGAGAUAAUAGGUGCUCAGUCUGGUGCAGCUAAAGACUUUUUCCAGAGAGAGUUUGACUUCUUUGACAAAAUCACCAACGUAUCUGCCAUCAUCAAGCCCACCCCAAAGGGAGAUGAGAGGAAGAGGGCCUGUCUCAAAGCUCUGUCUGACAUCAAAGUCCAGCAAGGCUGCUACCUGCCCAGUAACCCAGAGGCCAUCGUAUUGGACAUCGACUACAAGUCUGGAACACCCAUGCAGAGUGCUGCCAAGGCCCCGUACCUGGCUAAGUUCAAGGUGAAGCGUUGUGGGGUCAGUGAGCUGGAGAAAGAGGGUCUGCGUUGUCAGACUGACUCCCAGGACGUGGAGUCGGGUGAAGAUGUAGCUCGCAGGAUCGUCUGGCAGGCCGCCAUCUUUAAAGUGGGAGACGACUGCAGACAGGACAUGCUGGCUCUCCAGAUCAUUGGUCUGUUUAAGAACAUCUUCCAACUUGUGGGUCUGGACCUGUUUGUGUUUCCCUACAGAGUUGUGGCUACCGCCCCUGGGUGUGGUGUGAUUGAGUGUAUCCCAGACUGUAAAUCCCGUGACCAACUGGGCAGACAGACAGACUUUGGGAUGUACGACUACUUCAGAAACCAGUAUGGAGAUGAGUCCACUCUGGCCUUCCAGAAGGCGAGGUAUAACUUCAUCCGUAGUAUGGCUGCUUACAGCCUGCUGCUCUUCCUGCUACAAAUCAAAGAUAGACACAACGGGAACAUCAUGCUGGACAGCAAGGGACACCUUAUCCACAUAGACUUUGGCUUCAUGUUUGAGAGUUCUCCUGGUGGUAACCUGGGCUGGGAGCCGGACAUCAAGCUGACUGAUGAGAUGGUGAUGAUCAUGGGAGGCAAGAUGGAAGCCACUCCCUUCAAAUGGUUCAUGGAGCUGUGUGUCAGGGGGUACCUGGCCGUCAGGCCCUACAUGGAUGCAGUGGUGUCUCUAGUCACUCUGAUGCUGGACACUGGACUACCAUGCUUCAGAGGACAGACCAUCAAACUGCUCAAGCAGCGGUUCAACCCCAGUAUGAGUGAGAAGGAGGCGGCUGCUUUCAUCAUCAAGGUCAUCCAGAGCUGCUUCCUCAGCAGCAGGAGCAAGACCUAUGAUAUGCUUCAGUAUUACCAGAACCAGAUCCCAUACUGAAGACCUGCUGCAGUAUUUUCACAUACUGGGACCUGUCUGAUAUGAGUUCUUAUUCCCUAUAUAGGCAGUAACCUCUUCUUUAGACUCUAUGUAAGGUCAGAGGUUGUCCUAUAUACAAAGUAAUUAUCCUUGGCUUGCUAGCCAGCUAGCGUCCAGCAACUUAUGCACUUUAUAGAUCGCUGUAUUUCACCCACCUGAUUGGACCCUGAUCAAGAGCUGUUAUGCUAGACUAGAGAAAUCACACUAACCAAUCAAUCAACCAAACAACCAAUCACACAACCUGUAACUGAACUCCAAUACAAUCAGCAAAUCCCACGAUCAUAAUCCAUAUAUCACGUAUCCAUGUCUUGAUACAAUCACAUAGUGAGUGUCCCCGUCCUGUAGUCAAAAGCGAUGAGUAGAUAUUUUCUCUGGGGACAUUUCUAAUGGUGGAGCUAGUGACUAUAUCUGUCUUGAGUCAGUUACAUACUGUGUGUGUAUCCGCGCCAAGGUUGGUGGAUCCAGUACAGAAUAAACCAGUGUUGUUUACCUACUAACCCACUAACUCUGCAUGUCUCAUGACCAGACCUAGUAGUAACAUGGAUUUAGUAGCGUUCUUAAACAGGUGUGUGUGUGUGAGAUUCUGUUUGGAGACAUUCCUCUUUCUGCACAAAGACAGAUUUUAUUCACCUUCAAUCCUGUACUUGAAUCUCCAGGAUUUGUGUUUAGUAUUACAAUGGUGGUGGGGGGGUGGUGGUGAUUUUACAGUGACGAUGAAGACCCAAAAAGCCAUUUCUCUAAACCUUGGCACAAACAGAUGGGUAGUAUUACAUGACAACUACACUCCUCUGAUGUUAUGCUAGAUGUUACCUUCUUAAUGUGUGACAACAUAUGAGAUGUCAUAAUCUCUUCAGAAACCCUUCUGUUUAUGAAGAUAUUUUACUUGGUAGUCUGUAAAGAUAAUUCAUCUUACAUUUAUCAUUUUAGAUUAGAUGGUAUGUAUUCUUUUUGAUCUGAAUGGAUAUGUUUCAUUAUUAUUUUACUUAGGGUAUUUCAUCUUAAACAUCCAUGUAUGUAUUACAGAGUAUGUUUGUAAUAUAACGUGGGCGGCAGGUCAGCUAGCGGCCAGGAACCGAAAGGUCGCUGGUUUGAAUGCCCGAGCUGACUAGGUGAGGUAUCUACCAAUGUGCCCUUGAGGAAGACACUUAUCCAUAGUGACUUACAUGAGCAAUUAGGGUUAAGAGUGUCUGCUAAAUGAGUAAAAAUUGACAUAUGAAGUAUAUUACGGUGUACUGUAUUUCAGGGCUCUACAGUGUAACCAUUUUACUCACAUAUAAAUGUUCUGCUGUGUGACCUGGAGUUUUAAUGUAGGCAUACCAGUGCACCUAGAAAAAGUUAAAGGAUUCUAGCUUUAAUACUUCAAAUAUUUUUAAUUGUGUGUAUUCGUUUCUUUGUGUGCUUACAUUUUUCAACUUAGGUGUACACAUGCUCAUUGUAAAAAAAGAUCAGUGUAGAGAGCCCUGCUAUGUACUGUAGGUUGUAAUGGCUAACAGGACAUGCAUUUCAGACCAAUGGGAUAAUAAAGAGCUGUUCCAUUA